CCUCAUUUCACAGCCAAGUACAAAUUAAAACUUGCUACUCUUUUGCAACUCUAGCAUUUUAGGUGAGAGACCGAUCGAGUGCUAGAAAUUUGCAAUUCUUGGCUAGAAACUUACUUAAAAAAGAGAUGGCGGGUAUUUCUGGUCACUGGGCUUUUGCUUUUGGUGUCCUUGGUAACAUCGUCUCGUUCAUUGUGUUCCUUUCUCCACUGCCCACGUUUUAUAGAAUCUACAAGAAGAAAUCAACUGAAGGCUAUCAAUCGAUUCCUUAUGUGGUUGCUCUAUUUAGUUCCAUGCUUUGGAUAUACUAUGCAUUUCUCAAGACCAACACGACACUUCUCAUUACUAUAAACACUUUUGGGGUCUUCAUUGAAACUAUCUACGUCGGUUUCUACCUUUUCUACGCACCAAAAAAGGCUAGGGUCCAAACUGUGAAAAUGCUCCUAUUAUCAGUGGUGGGUGGAUUUGGUGCUAUAGUUCUGGUUACCCAAUUUCUGUUCAAAGGAGCAGUUCGUGGACAAGUUGUUGGAUGGAUUUGCCUUGUGUUUUCCUUGUGUGUGUUCGUAGCACCCUUAGGCAUUGUGAGAAAAGUUAUAAAAACAAAGAGUGUGGAAUACAUGCCAUUACUCCUGUCAGUGUUUCUCACGUUAAGUGCAGUGAUGUGGUUCUUCUAUGGUCUUCUACUUAAAGACAUUAACAUUGCUGCUCCAAACGUAUUGGGAUUCUUCCUUGGUAUUGUCCAAAUAGUGUUAUAUGUAGUAUACAACAAAAAAGAGAAGGCAAACCUAAAAGAGCAGAAACUUCCAGAGAUACAAAAGCCAGCAGUCAUAGUGGUGGAUGAGAAGAUGAAUAACACGAAGUUCCCAGAACUAACACAGGAACAGAUUAUUGAUAUUGUGAAGCUUGGUUUACUAGUUUGUUCAGAUAAAGUACACGUAGCGUCGUGUCCGCAUGAUAAUACAUGUGUAGCUAAAGUAGAAAACAUACCCAAGCUGCAAACUGUGAAAGCCUAAAAUAUACCAUUCACUUCUGGAAUUGGCAGUGAUUUUAGUAUAGUUACGCACCAAUUCUUGUCAUUCCUCUUCUUUUUCCUAAUAUCCUAAUGUGUUUGUGCACAAGUUAAUUCUUACUCAUGUUUCGUGUAAGCUUUCUCUUGUAAAUGUACGCAAAAGGAUGAAAUAGUUGUCUUGCUACUUAUAUAUAGAGAGGCUGCUGGCUGUGUUGGCUAGAUUAUAUUCUGUAAUUCAUACUAGCAAUAAAAAUGAUAUUUUAUCCAA